AUGGAUAAAGGAGGUGCUGCCGCUGCUGGUUUUGCGUCCAGGAACUUGUCCCAGAUAGGUCAAGAAAACCCGCGUGUUCCCACCUCUCCGGGGCUGGACUAUGAUGAGCUCUUCAGGUCUUUCUUUGACUGGGACCUCUACUGUGAUUCCACUCGGACUCAGGACCACUCAGCAGCCUCAGGCUCGCCUCGUCUAAGCUACAGGGACCUCCCCUCGCUCAUUACUGAUAUACCAUCCUUCCUUGAUCAUCUUUCUAUUGACAGAGACGAGGCCGGGUACCUAAGGAUGACCCCUGGCCUGAGCCCGGACGAUGGAGGGAUCACCACACCCGAGUCCAUGGGUCAGACCCCACCGGAGCUCGUCAGAGGUGGUAGUACCUCUCCCUCGUCUCACUCUGGCUCUGUCUUCCUCGGUGGCGUAGAGGAUGUCCGUCGACGUCCUCGAGCCAGCCUCCGAGAGGUUCAGGCCCAGGACGAUAAGUGGACGUACCCCCAGGCCGUACCCAGCAAGCAUGCUCCACGGGGGUACGGAUAUCCGCCUCAGAUCCAGGUCCACGAAUCGUCGUCUCGCCGCUCAAGCCACACCAAGGCGUACUCUCCCUCCUCAACCUCUGGUGUCAAGCGUCAGCGAUCUGUGGAGAAGAGGUCGAGGCAGCUCUCUGACCCUGACCAGACAGCCGACGUUCGCAAGAGUGGAGCUUGUCUGCCGUGCCGUAUCUCCAAGACCCGCUGUCAAGACUGUGGCGUCUGUCCUUAUUGCCGUAAGGCUUUCCCGGACCACUCCCACCUGGUCUGUACUCGUAGGACCCCUGCGGUGGCUCCGCCUGUGAUUCGUCACAUCGCCGACGUCUGGUCCUCUGACCCUGCUGAAGAGAGGCGUGUCGUUGAUCACGAGCCUCGAUUUCCCACUGCCAAACCCAGAGACAUCGUCAUCUUCUUCACUCGCGAUGCUGAGUCGCCUUUUCUUCGCGCAUCUGUCCAGGCAUACCAUUCUCAGAAUGGAGCUGAUGAGAACCCAAGAAAUGCUUCUUUUGAGCGGGAUAGAUUUCCCAGCUACGGUGAGCUUCAGCGCUGGGUCGAGGCGCAAAUCAGGCGAGAACGCAGCUCGAGAUUUGAACAUGUAGUGCAAAACUUUUUGCUCUCAUAUUAUGAAGAUGGCCAGGGACUUCCAAAGCACAACCUCGUGUCCAAAGUCCACACCAUGAACUGCUUCUUCAGGAUUUGGAAAGCCCCGCGUUUUACCUGUUGUAGCUCGUCCAACAAGUUCUCCCAGGUUCCCUUUACUGUCCAGGCUGAGCUUAGACGCAUUGCAUGGAACGCACUUGUGUCCCACGAGCACGACAUCCUCAAGCUUCUCGAGGACGUGUUGGCGCAGCAAGAUUCGCUCAAGCCCCAAGAGAAGAUGGCAGUAUGGGCAAGCCUGUGGCAACUCAUUCUCAUGUAUAGAGAUCUGGUGAUGGCGCACGACGGAUACUUCUCGCGCAACCCAAAUGCCACGAGAGAUCAAAACAUUGUCGGUACUUUCGAGAACCUUUAUAACGGAUUCUUCCCUUUGAUAGCAAUCUUCUACCAUUGCCAAUUCAAGACUCCCAAGAGAAUGGAGAUGUCUAUGGACUGGCUCAAGGAUUAUCCAUCUCAAGCGCGCCGUAGCAGUAGAAUUCGCCAGUUCUCCGAGGACAUGAUGGACGCCAGAAAGGAAUUUUACGAGAGAGUUCAAAAGUCGUCGCAUAAGGUUGACGAGCGUCUGAGCGCCUUAGUGGUCAGCCAUGAGCUCAAGAAGAUAUCAACCAAGAGACGCCCUAGAAGUAGCACAAAGAGCAAGGGCAGUUCGCGUGAUGGUGCGUGA